AUGGAACCCGUCCCCGUAUCUUCUCUGACCGGUCCUGCCUCUGCCACUGCAGUCCUGCAAGCUUUGGCAAGGUAUCCUGGUGGCCUUAAUGAGGCCACUGAUUCCCUCCAAGGCCCGAUGGUAACUGCCAACUUGUCUAUUAACACUGGACUUCCAAGAUUAGAAGAUAUUUAUGCCUACGUAGUAAAGAAGCCAAUCUUGGAAGCUUCGCACUUCGCCCAGGUGAAAGCCAUUUUGUUUAUUGGUCGGUAA